UUCAAUAGGAUUUUUUUUCUUGCGAAACCAAACCUAUGAUUGAAAGUUACCAGCACAUAAAUCAUCAUCUUCAAAUUUCACAAACAUCCAAGAUGGCAGAGCAGAAAGCAAAGGCAUGGAAAGCGGCAUCCUCAAAGCCUCCCGUAAGCGUCCUGCCUUACCAGACACCAAUGUUGAAGGCGCAUUACACCCUGGGGAAGAAGCUGGGCCACGGCCAAUUCGGGACGACCUACGUGUGCACGGAGAGAGCCACCGGGCUUGAAUACGCCUGCAAAUCCAUCCCAAAGAGGAAGCUGCUGUGCAAAGAGGAUUACGAGGACGUGUGGAGGGAGAUCCAGAUCAUGCAUCAUUUGUCCGAGAACCCACACGUUGUUCGAAUCAAAGGAACGUACGAAGACGACACGACCGUUCACCUUGUCAUGGAGGUCUGCAGGGGCGGGGAGCUGUUCGACCGCAUUGUGUCCAAGGGCCACUUUAGCGAGAGAAAGGCUGCUGAGUUGAUGAAGACCAUUGUUGGGGUAGUAGAGGGGUGCCAUUCUCUUGGGGUCAUGCAUAGGGAUCUCAAGCCUGAGAACUUCCUGUUUGAUACCCCAGAUGAGGAUGCAAAGCUCAAGGCCACCGAUUUUGGCCUCUCUGUCUUCUACAAGCCCGGUCAGUAUCUUUCUGAUGUGGUAGGCAGCCCCUACUAUGUUGCUCCUGAGGUGCUGCACAAAUUUUAUGGACCCGAAAUUGAUGUAUGGAGUGCUGGUGUUAUCCUUUACAUCUUAUUGUGUGGGGUUCCACCUUUUUGGGCUGAAACCGACAAUGGCAUCUUUAAGCAGAUCAUGAAAGGGAAAGUAGAUUUUGAAUCCGAACCUUGGCCUUCCAUUUCGGAGAGUGCAAAGGAUUUGAUAAAAAGGAUGCUCCAACGCGAUCCCCGGCAACGAAUAACUGCACAUCAAGUCUUGUGCCAUCCUUGGAUCGUGGACGACACAGUUGCACCAGACAGACCUCUGGGCUCGGCAGUUUUGACACGCCUAAAGCAAUUCUCUGCCAUGAACAAACUUAAAAAGAUGGCAUUGCGUGUCAUAGCAGAAAGGCUCUCAGAAGAAGAAAUAGGAGGGCUAAGACAGUUGUUCAAAAUGAUUGACGCGGAUGGGAAUGGGACCAUCACGUUUGAAGAACUCAAACAGAGUUUGAAAAGAGUCGGGUCUGAGCUGAUGGAGUCUGAAAUCCGCGAUCUGAUGAAUGGGGCAGACAUUGACAACAAUGGGUCUAUCGACUACGGUGAAUUUCUGGCAGCCACUUUACACUUGAAUAAGAUGGAAAAAGAGGAAAACUUGCUUGCAGCUUUCUCAUACUUUGACAAAGAUGCUAGUGGCUACAUAACCAUUGAUGAGCUCCAACAGGCGUGCAAGGACUUUGGUUUCGCCGACGCUUCUUUGGAUGAAAUUAUCAAAGAAAUUGAUACAGACAAUGAUGGGCGAAUCGACUAUGGGGAAUUUGCCACAAUGAUGAGAAAGGGAAACAGAGGAAUGAGUACGAGAGGCAAUUUGAAUUUUAACAUUGCAGACGCCUUCGAAUCAAUGGUGGAAGGGUGUUCUUCCGGCCCUUCGUGUACUUAACUUUGCUCUUGCUCCUAAUUAUAUUAAUUGUAUCUGUUUAAAAUGAUAAGAACAAUACUAAAUUAAAUAUUUGUAAAAUACUGUACAAGAUAGCUUAUUAAAUUGAAACUUCAAUG